CACACGCUAUAAGGACCUGAUUAAUAAACCUGCAGGGACAUCUGGGUGUUGAUGAUGAGCUGCUAGACCAGGACCCUCAACAUGGACCUGUACAAAGCAGCAUUUCUCCUGGGAGCCUUCAUCAGYGCUGUCUGCGGCACUGAUGUGGACGGUUACUCUAAAACUGAAGGAGCGUGGGUUCUGUCGCUCCAAAAGAGAAUGUACACAGUCAACACUUUGACCGAAUGUGCCACCAAAUGUGACAAAGAAACAUCUUUCACCUGCAAGGCUUUUGUUUAUGUCGAAAAGGAUCAGGAGUGUUGGACAGCUGCAGCAAACUCCAAAACAGAGGUCGUCCUGCGCCGACCGAGCUCAGYUUUAUAUGAAAAAAAAAAGUUCCUCCUGGAGUGUGCAGAUGGAAUAGGAACAGAGUACAGAGGAACAAAAAGCAGAACUAAAUCAGGAAAGCUGUGCCAAAGAUGGGAUGCAAAAUCCCCCCACAGACCCAACUACACACCACAGAACGCUCCCCAGGCAGAUCUGGAGAUGAACUUUUGCAGGAACCCUGACAGCGACAGUAACGGACCCUGGUGUUACACCACCGACCCAGACACACGCUGGGAGUCCUGCAGUGUACCCAGCUGUACCGUGGCGGAUCUAGAAAAGUUUCCAUGGGGAGGGGGGCAAAGGGGAGGCAAAAGCUCUAGGCAGGAUAGCAAUGCAGGAUCACUUCACUGAAGUACUGUACAAAAGAAAUUUCCUAUAUCUAAAUAGAGUCAACAAAACAUCCAUGAAAA